UAUCUCUUUUGGAAUACUAAGAUUUGUUGUCUCAAUUUAAACGUCAGAGUUUAUUAUCUCUUUUAAAACUGCAUUUUAUUAUCUCUUUUGGGUACGCUCAGUUUAUUGUCUCAUAUGGGGGUAAGCCGUGUGAACAGAUGCGCUUCAUUUACACUUUUCUUUGAGAUUAGAAAAUGCUUUGAACAUUUUAUACCACAAACGAAAGAUAACCGUAUUUUCGUUCAGGCACAUUUUCCAAGAACUCGUUUAGAAAAAAGCUUUGAAAAGUGGAAAAUGUUUUUUAUUCUGAAAUAUGUAAGGACGCGCCAAGCGAUAAAUCAUCUCUAUCACAAUGUUGUUGUUCUAUUGUUUUAUUAGACAGAUUAAAAAAUGUCGACAAUUUAUUAAUAGUAGUGUAGUGUUAGACUUAUAACCUCCACCACCUGUUUUACGAAAAAAAGAAAUCUGUAGAGCGUAAAAAGCUAGUGGAAAAUUUAAUCUUGAAUAAAUGAUAUUAGUUUAUCAAGGUAUUUGUCCUCUUGAUCUAACCCUGUUUUUUACAGUUGUACUUUGUCUUUCUACAUUCAGAUGCUGAAUAAAUGGAGCGUGAUUGUGCAUUUGUAAAUAUAUUUGCAUUGAUCUCAAUCGCGUAUAUUUUCAAAUAGUUCUGAAAUAACUGUUUGUGCAUCUCUAUCACAAUGUUUCUGUCAAGUUUAUUGCAUUAUAAAUACUCACUUUUUCCUUAUCAAACAUAACUACGAAAUUUUUCUGAAAUAUUUCUCUUACAAGUAAACAAUUGACAAAAAGAAGACUCUGACUGAUGCUUGAAGAUUCCCGACGCUCACCGUUAAUAGUAGAGAGAUAUUAAAAAAUCUCUGUGUAGACUAAUUAAGGGAAUUAGGCCAGACUCGUUAUAUUAUCUGUUUUAUUAGUUCUAUAAGCACGUCUCGGUUGAUUAAAAUCAACAUCAAACAACGGAUUACAGUUCAACCAUCAACAUCUAAUAUUAGGUGACAGCAGUAUAUUUCCACUUACUGCAGGGGCGCCCAAAACAAAUAAGGUCACACUAAAUUUAAAGCUCCAAAACGAUAUUUAGCUGAUGAGUUGUGUAACAAAUGUAACUUAUUUUUCGAAGAUGGAUGAUGGAGAUAAAAAAAACGCACCUACAUGCAUUAAAAAAAAUGAUGUCUAGUCACAAUUCUUAUAUUCAAGAUAGAAAUCGCGUUCGUACACAUUUUUCAUCUUGAGUAAAAAGAAAUGUCUGAACCCGUUUGUUUUCUCAACGCGUUUCAAUGCGUCCGUUUCAGAUGGAGCAACAAUCUCACUCUAUGAUAAAAACUUUUGAAAAAAAUUAGUAUACUGAAGAACUUCUCCUUAUCGCAUUUAAACAGUUCGAAAAUCAGUACAAGAAAUAAAUAAAAAUCUUCUCUUCUUUCUAGUGUCAAAAGACCUACGAAAUGAGACGUUGCACAGUUCUCUGUCACCGAGAAUGAAUGCAUUAGAUACGGUUGUAAAACAGAAGUCGUAAUAGCAGUUGAAAAAAAAGGACAUUUUUUUUAUAUAUCACCAAAACAAAAAAAGUAAAGUUGAUUUUAAGUUGCUGAAAAGUACUUUUUCGUAUCCAACACAUUCGAUAACUUGAUGAUUUUCUAUUUUUGGCAAGAACUACUUUCAAAAGUUUAGGAAAAAUUUUGAAAUACAAUGAAGCAAAACAAUUUUCCAUGGGAAAAUAAUAUUAGUUUCAAAAUUUUUUCUAAACUUUUGGAAGUAGUCCUUACCAAAAAUAGAAAAUCUUCUGGAUUAUUGAGUGUGCUGAACACGAAAAAACACUCUUUAGAAACUCAAAAGCAACUUUAUUUUUUUUCCGAUGAUAUGAAAAAAAAAAAAUAUUUUAAACAAUGCAGAAGUUUAAGAAUUUUUAAUAUUUUUCUAAGUUUCUCAAAUUUUGUAUUAUCUAUGAUCUAUUGUACAUCUACGAGAAAGAACUUUAUAUUAUUUAAGUUUUAGUAUGUCAGAAUCAGAUAAUUUACUUUUUAUUUUUAAUUUUGUAUUUUUUAGUUCAAUUAGAUAAUGUCACUCAAUUUAUAUUUGAUUUAAAUGUCAUUAAACGUUCUGAAAGUGUGAUAAAUGCAGAAUUACAUUUAUUCAAACGUCGUACAAAAUAUGACAUUCGCUAUGAUAUUAGUGAAAUUUAUUCAAUUUCUCAUCAAUCAUCUAUUUCGGCAAAAAUUCUACUCGACAAUAUUGUUAGUGGUUGGCAAAAUUUUCCCAUUACAGAUGUUCUCCUACGUACAAUAGAAUAUUCUAAAAAUAAUUCUUAUUUUGGUUUGACAGUAAAACCGUUGAUCAUUAGAAAAGAUGAACAAUUAAAAAAUAUACCAUUUUUACAAAAAUUUAGUAUCUAUACACCAUUUAUAAUUGUCUAUUCCAAUGAUUCAAAAUCAGAAUCAAUAUUUGAAGAAUUUAUACCAUCAAAUUUGGAGAAAUCAGCAUCCAUCUACAAAGAUUUUGAAGAAGAUGUACAAAAUAGAAAUAAUCGAGAACAAAAACAACAGAAAAAUAUUGUACAAGAAACAUCCGUAUUUGACUUUUCUGAUACCGAUAUUUUACAAUUGUCUCGAAAAAAACGUUCUGGACGAAAAUUAUUUAAUUCGUUAAGAAAUCGUUAUCAACAUUAUUCAACAAAUACAACUCAAAAAUCUACAACAACAAUAGUAGAUAAUAAUUUAUUAUUAGAUUUUGAUUUAAAAAAUGAUUCAAACACGUAUGAAUCAUCAUUCUUACAUCAAGAUCAAAAAUGUUCUGUAAAACCAUUUGUUUUUGACUUUUCUGAUAUUGGAUGGUCUGAUUGGAUUUUUGAACCAAAACAAUAUUUGGCUAAUAUCUGUUCAGGAUCAUGUGAAUUUCAACAUAUUAGAUCAAGUAAAUCAACAAAUCAUGCUCUAUUACAAAGUAUGAUACGUCGAUUGAACGUUCGUAGUGAUACUGAAUUACCAGCAAUCUGUUGUGCUCCAGAAAAAUAUUUAUCAUUGCCAAUAUUUUAUAAAAGUUCAGAGCAAAAUUUUCUUAUUCGAUUAUUACCAAAUAUGAUUAUUGAUUCGUGUCAUUGUAGAUAA